ACGACCUCUGCUUCCCUGUCCAGAUGCCCGUCGUGACCUACCGGUACCAAGCACUCAAAGAGGCCCUCGCUGCCUCCAUCUCCGCCGCCGGCGACGUGCGCAGCCCACACGCGCUCACCAUAGUCUCGGGCCUCGCCGGAAAUGGCUACAUCGCCUCCCUCCUCGUCUCCCGCUACUUCCGCCUCGGCGCCGCCGAUGCCGCGCGCAAGGCGUUCGACGCCGUGCCGGGGGCAGCAGCACCGGCCCCCGCCUCGUCCGAGGCCGCGGCCGCGCCGCCCAAACCCCUCCUAUACAACGCCAUGCUCCGCGGGUACCUCGCGCUUGGCCUCCCGCGCCUGGCCGUCGGUCUCUUCCGAGAGAUGGCGUGCCCACCCGACCGCCACACGUACCACCUCGCGGUGACCGCGUGCGCGCGCGCCUCGGAGUUUGAGAUCGGUCGGCGUAUCGGGAGCGAUGCAGAGGCCAAAGGGUUGGCGUCUGACCUCCUGGUUGGGACGGCGCUGGUCGUGCUGUAUUCUGAAGCGGGUGAUGUGGAGUCUGCUCGUAGCGUGUUUGAUGGAAUGCCACACCGAGAUGAAGUGGUCUGGAAUGCCUUGAUUGCUGGCUAUGCUCGUGUGGGUUGCUUGGGCGAGGCUCUGGGGUUAUUUGAAAGGAUGAGGUCGGUGGAUGGAGUGGCUCCGACUGAGGCGACACUAGUGAGUUUGGUUUCUGGGUUCGCAAGUUUUGGUUAUCGGGAGGUCUGUGAUAUGAUGCAUGCUGUUGUAAUUAGGUCUGGUUUCCACGUCCACAUCUUUGCUUGCAAUGCUCUUCUGGAGCUGUAUGCUGAGUUUGGAUGUUUGAGAGAGGCUGUGAUGUUGUUUCGUCAGAUGGAGGCGAAAGAUUCCAUCACUUGGAGUACGAUGAUUGGUGGGCUUGUUCGGAAUGGACGCCCAAAUUCUGCUCUAAAGCUUUUCCAUUGGAUGGUGUCAAAUUCGACCAUGUUGGCCACUAGGUCCAUUUUGGUUAAUGCCAUUAUGACCUGCGCUGAGCUGGGGGAUUGGAGAGAAGGAAAAUGGAUUGAACAAAGCUAUGUGCUGGCCAAGUCUAGUGAAUUCAAGAGAGAUUCCUCUGUGAUAACCGCACUGAUAUACAUGUAUGCAAAGUGUGGACAGUUCGAUUCCUCAAUCGAUCUUCUACAUGGACUUGCAGAAGUUAGAUAUGAUGUAAUUGCAUGGAAUGCUAUGAUCAAAGGCUGUGGAGUUUUUGGACAAGUGGAGAAGGCAAUAGGACUUGCAGUCGAAAUGCAGAGGGUAGGCAUUGGUCCGGAUGCUAUCACAUUCUUGGAGAUACUACCUAUGAUUUCUUUGAUUCCAUCGCUGAAAAAGGGGAUGGAAGCACAUGGUCAGAUAGUCAAAAGAGGUUUUGAGAAUGAAAAGACAAUUGCUAAUUCACUUAUUACCAUGUAUGGUCGAUGUGGGAGCCUUAGACAUUCAGUUGAUACCUUUGGUGGGAUUGUCAACAAGGAUGUAAUCUCCUGGACUUCUAUGAUGCAGGUAUAUGCCUGGAAUGGACAUGCUGCUGAAGUUGUUGAGCUUUUUGAACUGAUGAAGAAAUCAGAAGUAAAACCGAACAGCUACACUUUUCUUGCCGUGUUGUCUGCAUGUAAAAACACUGGUCUUGUUGAAGAGGGAAUGGACUUGCUCAAAUGCAUGGAACAUCAAUACGGUCUUGAGCUGAAUGUUGAGCAUAUUUCAUGUGUUGUUGAUUUGCUCUGCCGUACUGGACGCUUGACUGAUGCAUAUGACCUGAUAAAAAAUACUGUUUCUGAACACGUAAACAAGAUUAUUUUGUGGGGGAUACUGCUAAGUGCUUCCCGUUCAUGUGGAGAUUUGGUGAUUGGAGAAGCAGCUGCCAGACAUCUCUUAUCUCUGGAUCCAGAAAAUCGAGCCAACUAUAAAAUGCUCGCUGAUAUUUAUGUCUCACUUGGGAGACGGGAUAGUGCUGAUAAUAUCCUUACACAAUCAAUGUCAAGAGGACUGGACUCAAAACCAGGUUGUAGCUGGACGGAAGGUGGCUAAAACUUGCAGAUACAUGCUAGCAGGUCAUGAUAUCUUGAAAUGUAUGCAUAUAAUAGAGGAGGCUAAGCUUUGGAGAGUCGUCGGUGCCAAAGAACUCAGGAAAAUGCCGUGCAAGACCUCUGGACAGCGCUCCACGCGCAGCCGUCGCGGCACUGGCUGUACAGUUUUUUUCCUGCUUCUUUGUUUGCUUCGCUGCUUGUUUUGGCUGCUUGGCCGGUUGUACCUCUUGUGCCUUCUUGGUGUGACGCGUUUAAAAAAAGAAGUAAUAGUGUACUUAAACUAUUAAAUGCACAAUUAGAACAUGUGCUGGGUGCUAAUUGUUAGUCCAGAUGUGAUAUUUUUGAGGUACUCAAUUUAUGAAAGAAGUGGACCGAAACUAAGAGAGGGAUUAGUAGUAGUAACGUUAAAAACUCAAGAUUCAGUAUUCAGCAUUUCCUCUUCUAUUUUUAUUUCUCAAGUGACUGCAAUGCGCACGUCUUGACGAGAGUUGCUAGGAAUUUUGUGCAGUGCCUGUGUGAAUGAAAGACAGUAUUAUUAUUCUAUUUGACAAAUCUUGAGUGGUGAUCACCAUCCAAAUGGAACACUGCACACUAAUCUGGAUGCUUUGAAGCAUAUUCUUUAGGCGCCUACUCUAUUUAAUAAUUUGUUGUUGUACCGUCAUGAUUGUUUAGCUAGCUUUUCUUAUGUAGUUCAGGCCAAAUAAACAGUAUAAUCUUGGGGUUUUUCUUGGACCCUAGAAUGCUGCAGAAAGAAAUUUUGAAAUGGGAACUAUAUCAAGUUCUAGAGCUUAUGUCUUUUGGGCUCAUGGCAUUUUUUUAAGUUUCAUACACAUUUGAAGUACCACUAGAUCAAAUACUCCCUCCGUUUCAAACUAGUUGUACAUAUAGGUCUUCCAAGUUUUCUCAAGAUUUCCGAAGCCUAAUUAAUCAUCGUGAACUCUCCCUAGCAAAUAAUUUUAAUGCUAUCAUACUAUUGGACGGAGGGAGGUGGGGCUAAGUAGAGAUUGGAGGAAUGUUGAAUGCAUGGUGCAAUAAAUUGCAUUGAAAUACGAAAAGGGAGAUCAAGUGGUAUUUUAUCCAUCCUAAUUUGAAACGGAUGGAGUAUCAGUUUAGAGAUGAAUUGUUGGAUUUCUGUACUGUCCUAUCUCAUCCUAUCUCUUAUAUUGCAACCAGUUAGCAAAAAGUACUGAGCAUAUCUGCAUGGAUCAAGAUCUUUACCCCCUUGUUGAACUUGAAUCCCAAAAUAACUCUGAAGAUUUUAUCUUUUACUGACUCUGUAAAAUUGGGACAACUAGGAACCUUGUUUUUUUUCCUUCAUAUAAUGACCAGGAAUGUUGUUUAAAUCUAACAUUAUUGAGUUGCACCUCUAAUGAUAUUCAAUAUUAUCAAUAUAAUAAGUCAGAUCAUAGAGAUAAAUCAGGAGCCAAAACACAGUAAGAGUGCACACCAUGUCAGUAGUGAUGAAUGUGUCUUGACUUUGUUCUGUUGUAUGAAUUAUUUAUCUGAGUAUAUUCUGUCAGUGCUCUAGGUCUCAGAAAGUGGCAUCUCCAGGCUAGUAGAUCCUAACUAUUCUUUUCUGUAAUAAUGUUGAAGCUGUGGUACUUUAUACCCUUUUGGUCAAUUCAGUCAUGAUUUAUUUACCAAUGUCUCCAGACCGGGGAUGUGGCUUUUUCUAGAACCAAUAACACUUUCUCUGGAGAUGUGUUCCACAAUCUAGCAAUGUACUGAACUUUCUUCCCUCCUUUUUGAGACAAAUAUUUUCCUGAAUAAAUGUGAGUGUUUGUUGCUGUAAUACCAGCAGAUACUUGGGAAGUAUAUGAUAGAUAUAUGCACCUGUGCUUUUUAUCAUAAGUAAAAGUAAUAUCCUGCUCUAGUAUGUCAUUAAUUGGUAAAAAUCUUAAGUGACUACACAAUAUGCUGUCAGAAACUCUGAGCUACAAUAUAUCAUAAUUCAUAAGAGCAAAGCAAUGCCUUCAUGUGUGAUUGGGUGGCUAAAACAAAGUUAACAUCAGACUAGUGACAGAAAAAUUAUACCAAAUAUAUAAUAGUAGAUCUAAGAGCUGUAUCAGUUGGUCUUUUGUUUUUUCAAACAUGCAUCAGUUGGGCUUUUCAAAUUUGAGUAUUAGAUAGGGUGAAAUAUUAUGAGUUGUGCGCAAGAGAAAUUGUGCAGAUCAGAUGGCCUUGUAAUUUACAAGAAAAUGUUAAGAAAUAGUAAAACAGACUAGUAUUAUGAAGGUCGUCAGAAACUUGCACUCUUGUGCACACCACUCCCAAUCAUUUUACUCCUGCCAUCUGCCAAAUUGUAGCCCAUCUUUGAUUGCUGUUAGCCAUUCGAGAUGUUGACAAAAAUAAUUUUGGAAUACCCGCCAAUGUCACUACUAACACGGUAACACCAACCAU